AUGCCCUUUGUGCAAAAGGCUGCCAACCUGCCACCAGAGGGCAUCUUGGCUGUCCUGGGAGAGAGAAUGCUGGAUGGAGCCAGCUUUGGGGCAGCCCUGAAGUUAGCCCCUCCAGCCUCUCCCUCACCAAGCCUGCAGGCAGCACCCUUCUUACCCAAGUCCUGGGCCCAUGCCCAGAGCCGCGACCCCUCCCAGGCUGGCGUGGGCCUCCUCAGCUCUAGCCUGCAGUGCCCGUGGGCGCCCCGGUGGCAACUCUGUGGGCAGCUCAAUGGCUCCUCUGUUCCAUUCCUGGCUCCACACCCAGCUCCAGGAAGCCCCGGCCCCACACCCUGGGCUGGGAUGCCCAAAGGAGCCGCCCACAGGGCUGGGAGUCAGGAGCAGCAGCAGAGACGCCAGUUGGGAAGGAUGGCAGGACAGAUCCCUCUCAUCCAGGAAAUGUGGCGGAACGGCGCUCUCUCAGCUAAAAAGCCUCAAUCCUGGAGCCAACAGAUUCGGAAAGCAACUCUGCACUCCAAUCAAAUACAAAUGUUCUCUGCUGAGGAGCGGCGGGUAGGCCCCAGAACUGAGCUCCCGGGGCGAGUGAAGAAGGACAACAGAGCCAAGGCAGCCCACAGAGUCAUCAUCACAGAAUUGAGGGGCCUCGAAUGGCUUUCAGCUCUCACUCUGCCAGGGAGGAAUAAGGCCGACCCGACCACCAAGGUGUUCCAGGGCGUCCUGGAGCUGGAGGGCGUCGAGGGCCAGGAGCUGUUCUACACGCCUGAGAUGGCGGACCCCAAGUCAGAGCUGUUCGGGGAGACAGCCAGGAGUAUUGAGAGCACCCUGGACGACCUCUUCCGGAAUUCAGACGUCAAGAAGGAUUUUCGGAGUGUCCGCUUGCGGGACCUGGGGCCCGGCAAAUCCGUCCGCGCCAUUGUGGAUGUGCACUUUGACCCCACCACAGCCUUCAGGGCACCCGACGUGGCCCGGGCCCUGCUCCGGCAGAUCCAGGUGUCCAGGCGCCGGUCCUUGGGGGUGAGGCGGCCACUGCAGGAGCAUGUGCGAUUUAUGGACUUUGACUGGUUUCCUGCGUUCUUCACGGGAGUCACGUCAGGAGCCAUUGCUGCCGUCGCCACGGCCAGAGCCACCACGGCGUCCCGCCUGCCGUCCUCUGCUGUGACCCCUCGGACCCUGCACCCCAGUCACACAAGCCAGCCUGUUGCCAAGACCACGGCAGCCCCCACCACACGUCGGCCCCCCACCACUGCCCCCAGCCGUGUGCCCGGACGUCGGCCCCCAGCCCCCCAGCAACCUCCAAAGCCCUGUGACUCUCAGCCCUGCUUCCACGGGGGCACCUGCCAGCACCAGGUCUCUGGUGGGGGCUUUACCUGCAGCUGCCCGGCAGGCAGGGGAGGCGCCACCUGUGAGAAGGCGCUUGGUGCCCCUGUGCCGGCCUUCGAGGGCCGCUCCUUCCUGGCCUUCCCCACCCUACGCGCCUACCACACUCUGCGCCUGGCGCUAGAAUUCCGGGCGCUGGAGCCUCAGGGGCUGCUGCUGUACAAUGGCAACGCCAGGGGCAAGGACUUCCUGGCCUUGACACUGCUGGAUGGCCGGGCGGGGCUCCGCCGGGCGGGGAGGGGGCGGGGCGCGUCAGUAACAAGGGAGAGGCGGGACUCCGCUCCCUAA